AUGACUCCACCUCCACUCGCGCCCUCUUUCCCUCUUCCCAAACAUGCCUUUGAUAAAGUGAGAGCCCUUACAUGCAUCUCAACAACAAGUCAUCUUUUGAAAACUACAUCAACCAUCACUCAACAACAAUCACUACCAACCUCACCAGUUUCUCAACCACCAUCAAUACUAUUUAUUGGAGGAAAAGAAUUGUGUUCAUUACGUGUUUCAUUACCAUGGUCGUUAAAUCAUCCCUCUGAAGAUUUCAAAUCGGUAAAAAUGUCAACAACUACCAAUGAAACCAACAACAUGUUAGGGUCCAUCUAUGCAUUGCAUUACAAUUCCAAUAAUAAUAUUAUUAAUAUUGGUAGACAUGAUGGAUCGAUUCAACAAUUGGAUAUUAGAAGUCAUUCCAUCAUACAUACUGUUAAAGCACAUGACUCGACAGUGAAAUGUUUUAGUGAUCGUACUUGCGAUGAUGACAAUUAUACAUUAUUGAGUGGAGCAUAUGAUGGUUAUGUGAAAAUGUGGGAUUGUAGAAAAUUUACACAACCAAUUUCAACAUCUUCUAAACAUUCUGGAUAUGUAAAUGCAAUUCAUUGUUAUGAAAAUGACAAGAUCAUAACAAGCUCUAUUGAUGGAAUUUGCAUAUUUGAAAUGAAACAUUCAAAAUUAGCCAUUCUCAACAAAUUCAAACAGAAAUCUGAAGUCUUGACCUCAUACAUGUCCAAUACCUCAAGUGUGUAUCCUAAUUAUUUGUACUUUGCAUGUAAGGAUGGAUCUGUUCGUGUUUUUGACAUGAAUUGCUUUCAGGUUGUUUAUACCAUGAGUGAGAGUAAUAACAUUUCAGUGAAUUGUAUGGAUUGUAAUGGAGUUUCAUUAUUUGCUUGCAAUAAUCAAGGGCUUGUGUAUGAAUAUAGUGUGGAAGGAAUGUAUGAAAUUGCAAAACAUGGAACCUCAACGAACACGACCAAAACAUCGAGUAUGGACUCGUCCAUUCGUUCCGUGUGUUGCUUUCAAAAGUCUCACUUGUUUGUUGGAACGCAAGGUGGUCAAGUCAAGUGCAUUCAAGUCGCAUCGUUCUAG